AUGGCAGAAUCCGCAUUCAAAAAACACAUUUUCAUUUUUUCAACUAUAUUUGUAGCUCUUUUCCUGCUUGCAGUUGUUACUUCAGUGUGGGUGUACCAGACUAGAAUAAAAUCUGGAAACAGCUGGUCUAUAGGAGGCACGCCCGGUUCAGAAGAGAACAAUGCCGUAUCAAAUGAUGCAAUAGUCCUUGGUACCCUGCUUCCAGCGACCGACCCCACACUUGAAGUUGGAGGUUUGCAUACAGCAGAGAUCAGCUCGAUGUCUGCUAGUAACUCGUAUGAAAUGGAAGCCACUGAAUCUAGCUCAAAAGCAGAUGCUAGCUUGAAAGUAGACGAAAAAAAGAAGAAAGACGAUGGCUCAAAAGUAGACGAUAAAAAGAAGAAAGACGCAAAGACGCAAAAAACGAAAAAGUAG